GUAGUUUAAUCCACUGGUCUUUUGCAAUGGCCCGUGCGCGAGCAGUGAGAGUGGGGAGCCUUUGAACAAAUUGAAAUAUCAACACCAUUAAUUCUAUGUCGUGGAGACUGGUGCAAUUUUAAUCAUAUUUUUAGAUGUCUGUUUUGAAUCAUCUGUGGCCCGGAGGAAUCUUUUUGAGAAGAAACGAGAACUAGAUUCUCCUAUACUCGGAAUGUUUCCCCUCUGAAAUCGUAUGUACCAUUAAGGGCUCGGACGUGCUUUUCUGUUACCUAUUUUUCUGAAGGAGUUAUCCGUAAGUUCACGCUGUUGAUCGAAUGGAAUUAACUACGUGUUUCGGUGAAACUAAACUGGUACUAAAGGUUAUGUAACCUUUUAAUUUAGUACAUAAAUAACAAUCUCGCCUAAAACCAGCCUAAUAAACGCUAAGAGUUAAGGUGGAAUUACUUUGAGUCACAACAUGGCUGCUGCUGCUGCAGGAAUAUUAGGGAAAGUUUAGCUCCCGACUUCGCGUAAGUUAUUUUUAAAUCUCCUAAGAAAGGGAUCUACGAUAAACGUCUCGACUGCUCGCAGUGGACGGAAGAACUCGUUUGAUUGUCUCCACGAAGUGUUUACAAGGGGACCGCUUGCUUUCUAAAGAACAGUCUGGCUGGCAAUCGCUCCCCUGGACCCUCACUGCAGGAUUCUUGUGCCUGUCUGCAGUGAGCUUUUGUUUGAAAGUACUUUUACAUUUGAAUGGUAAAAUGCAUUUUUCCAUUCCCGAGACGGAAGUUCGCUCAGGUGAAAACGGAUCAACAUACGUGGCCUACAACAUCCACGUCAAUGGAGUUCUGCACUGCCGGGUCCGGUACAGCCAGCUGCUGGGCCUGCAUGAACAGAUGAAGAGGGAGUAUGGCAGCAGUGUAAUUAGUAUUUCCCCUCAGAUGAAGAGGGAGUAUGGCAGCAGUGUGGUUCCAGCCUUUCCUCCAAAGAAGAUCUUCACGCUCACUCCGGCUGAGCUGGAGCAGCGCAGGGAACAGCUGGAGAAGUACAUGCAGGCAGUGAGACAGGACCCCCUCCUGGGAGCCAGCGAGUCGUUCAACAGCUUCCUGCGAAAAGCACAGCAGGAGACUCAGCAGAUCCCAACAGAAGAAGCUGAGCUGGAUAUCUGUCUGUCCAACGGUCAAAAAGUCAUCAUCAACAUUCUCACUUCAGAUCAGACCGAGGAUGUCCUAGAGGCUGUGGCCUCUAAGCUGGAUCUGCCCGAUGAGCUUGUGGGAUACUUCAGCCUGUUUCUCAUUCGGGAAGGAGGGGACGGUAGCUGCAGCUUUGUUCGGAAGCUGCAGGAGUUUGAGCUGCCCUAUGUGUCUGUGACCAGCCUGAGGAACCCGGAAUACCACAUCGUUCUGCGUAAGAGCUACUGGGACUCUGCGUACGAUAGUGAUGUCAUGGACAACAGAGUGGGAUUGAAUUUACUGUACGCCCAGACGGUGUCUGACAUUGAACGAGGCUGGAUCCUGGUAAAUAAAGACCAGCAUCGGCAGCUUCAGUCUCUCCAAGAGAAAGGCUCCAAGAAAGAGUUCAUCCACUUGGCUCAGACCCUGAAGUAUUUUGGCUACAUUAAGUUUGAUCCCAGCAUCACGGACUUCCCAGAGAAGGGAUGUCAUGUGAUCGUCAGCGCCGGAAACAAUGAGCUCAAUUUCCACGUCAGGCUCCCCAACGAGCAAGUGAAGGAGGGCAGCUUCAAGGUCACGCGCAUGAGGUGCUGGCGUGUCACCUCAUCUGUCCCAGUGGCCAAUGGGACGGCCACACCCUGCAGCGGGGGGAAGUGUGAGGUGAAGCUGGAGCUCGCCUUUGAGUACCUGAUGAGCAAGGACCGGCUGCAGUGGGUCACCAUCACCAGCCCACAGGCCAUAAUGAUGAGCAUCUGUCUGCAGUCCAUGGUGGAUGAGCUGAUGGUGAAAAAAUCAGGAGGCAGCAUUAAAAAGAUGCUGAAGAAGCGUCACAAUGGGGCUCUUCAUCGGUCGGAGAGUCAGCAAGCAGUCAAGUCCCCCCCCUUACUGGAUUCCCCUGACACAAACCGGGAGCAGGUGGUCAAACUGUCGACUAAGCUCACCUCCGUCACUCUGCGAGGGAUCAGCACGUCCAACUCCAGUAGUGACAUCAGUGGUAAUAAUUUCCAUGGCAACUAUGCCUUUGAGGGGAUUGGAGAUGAUGACCUGUAAACCCCGCCUUCUUUUUGACUGACAGAUAGGAGGCUCUGAGCGACCUGAUAUAUUCUGCAAGAUCACAGUCCACCUGCACUAGGCCACACAGUUACACAGGGUAAACAAACACACACACAUGUACACACACACACGCAUUCUCAAACACACACAUACCCGCACACACUCUCAUACACGCACACACACACACAGACAUACACUAACACACUCACUCACGCACACUUUCAUACACGCACACACACACAUGCGCACACAGGCAUACACUAACACACUCACACAUACACUCAUACACGCACACUCACACAUGCGCACACAUACACUAAUACACUCACACUCACACACACACACACACACACAUAUGCACACAUGGACACAUGCACAUACAGGAAAUUGAAAGUGGCCAGUUGAUUGUAGUAAAUUCCCCCUUUCAGCCAGUAUUUAUUUGCACACUGUUUGAAACAUGCUGAUCUAUGAGUAUUGCAGUAUUAUUCUGUUCCAAGGCUAAGUUGAGCACCGUAAUGUGAUGCCUUUUCAGUGUGUUGAAUGUUUCACAGUGUGCUCUGUGAGGCCUGUUUGAAUAGGAAAGUGUGAUUCGGUCCUGUCUAAGCCGCAUGUUCCCAGUGCUACAGUCAGAUCAAAUGCAAACACAUGCACACGCUUCGCAGGGCUAGCAGUGCUUAAGAAAUUCAACAUUUGAACAUUACAGGUGAGUUUUAGUGACUAAUAUCCAGCAGUUAUAAUUUACAAACCUAAGGUACAAACCUGUAUAAUAAUGGAAUAUAACGGAGUUCAGCGCUUAAGGAUACAGCACAAGUACUCUUUGUUACUGAUGCAUUACUAGUGCAUUACAUUACCAUUGCAUUACAUUACUAACACUUUUGCUACAUGAAUUUACUGAUACAUUAUCAUGACAAUGAAUUACUGAUACAUCACCAUUAGUUUGACUUACUGAUACAUUACCUGUUUCUUUACAUAACUGAUACAUUACCUGUUUCUUUACAUAACUGAUACAUUACCUGUUGCUUUACAUAACUGAUACAUUACUGCUACAUUACCAGUACAGGAGCUGCUCCAAGCCUAUAGAAAUCAGUGGUGUGUUAAUGAGGCAGACUGCAGUGUUCACUGCAGAUCAUCACAGUGUGGAAUGUAAGCAUUUAUAUUCAGGGGGGCCUUGUGUCUACCAUGUGCGGUGUGCCAAAUCUCCCGGGGGCGGGGGGGGGGGGGGCGGGCAAAACAGCCCCCUUACAGCAGUGAUUCUCCUGUGGGAAAACCUUUUUUAAUGGGGUGAAAUUGGUCAUGUAUGGACUGUGCUGGACACUGAUGUUGUGCUGAGAGGAUAGUGUACUGAGCACUGUGCCAUGCUGAAAAUAUACUGAUCACUAUUCUGAGUAGAGUGUACUGAGCACUAUGCUGAGUAUAUUGUACUGAGCAUUAUGCUGUGUUGAUAAUAUAGUGGGCACUAUGUUUAGUUGAGUGUAGUGAGCACUGUUUUGUUGAGAGGGUAGUGAAUGACCUUUUGUGGAAGGGUUUUUGAGCACUAAACGUUCAGUUUAAGGUGCUGUCAGUGGACGUUUUGAGCACUAAACGUUCAGUUUAAGGUCAGUGGACGUCUUUUCUCUAAACUGCCUUACAGUCUGAAGCCUUGUGCAGCUGUGUCAGGCUCCCCAGGAUUGCCUUUGACCUCUCCUGGUUCUGUAGUUCAGCCAAUGGGGUGCAGGGGGCACAAAUCUGAUUCUGUAUUUCAGCCAGUGGGGUGCAGGGGGCUCAAAUCUUGCAGAAUUUGUCAGUCUGAUUGGAUAGUUCUAAUGAACUGCUUGCACUUGCUGAACCAACCGUUUUGCACAGUAUUAAGAAGGAUGUAAUUGGAUCAAAAUAUUUAUAUCAUUUUUUUUAAAUUGAACACUAAAUAAGGACUAAACGGAACAUUUGAAAUUUUCAGUCAUCGACAUUUAAUCAUUUUUUUUCCAACAAAUAUUUUUAAAAGUUUUCUCAUAAAAGCCAAAAUUAUAGUUUACUAAAGCAUUUUGCACGAAAGGAGCAUUAAGAUCAUGGUAAUGUCACUUUUAUAUAUAUGUACGUUUAAAUAAAAGGUAUUCUGAAUGAUGUUACUAAUAUCUGUAUCUCUAAGUGUAUUGUAAUCAAAUAGAUCAAAUGUAAUCUAAGAUGUAUAAAAAUAAAACUAAUAUCUAUCAUUGUUUACAGAAUUUUUGAGAAUUUUAGUUUAAAAUGUUUACAGAAUUAUUGAUCUGAAUUUAAACUGCUUGUUGUACGUAGCUGAACGGUUUAUUUUUAAAGGCUGAUAUAAGUGAUUCCAUCUCAUUAUUUUCUCAUAUCUAAUAUAAAUGUAGCAUCUGUGAGGUUUGUGAUGAAAAUGGCCAAAUUAGAAUUUUAUUUCAGUGUUCCUGACUCUUGUGAAUUAUGGACUGUUAUCAUUCCUGGGGCAGAAUCCAAGGGUAAUUCCUGUUUGUGGGAAAGAACAGGACAGAGAUGACGUCUUGCUAAAAAGAUUUUCUCUCUCAGAUGUGUAGGACUAAUAUUAGCCUGCAGGGGUCUCCUGUCUCAUUUAGGUGAAAUGUAUUGAGUGAAUGACGAGGUCGACUUGAAUGUUUUCACAAAACGUGUCUGGAAAGAAGAGUGCUAAAGAACUCUGGAUCAAAACAUUUAAAAUGGACAAAAAAGUGUCAUCCUUAUGAUUUUUCAAUACUGUAUUAACUGUUAGAACAAAGUAAAUGGGUGUUGCAAAUGUCCUGUAUUUCAAAUAAAUUUGAGUGCCAAAUAAA